CCUCGCGGGCUGCCGUGUGCCGGGCGCGCUGUGGUGCCGCGCUGAUCGCCUGCUCGCCCCGUCCGCCGCCCGGCCCGGCCCGGCCGCCGCCAUGAGCGACAAGGGCGAGCUGGACCUCACCGGCGCCAAGCAGAACACGGGCAUGUGGCUGGUGAAGGUCCCCAAAUACUUGUCACAACAGUGGAGUAAAGCUUCAGGAAGAGGUGAAGUGGGAAAACUAAGGAUUGUCAAGAAUCAAGGACGAACAGAAGUGUCAUUUACUUUGAAUGAAGAGCUUGCAAGCAUCAAUGAUAUUGGAGGAAAGCCUGCUUCAGUCAGUGCACCWAGGGAACAUCCAUUUCUUCUGCAAAGUGUGGGAGGACAGACCUUAACGGUGUUCACAGAAACUUCAGUAGAAAACCAAUCAGAAGAAAAAUCAGAAAGUGGCAGUGCGGAUAAACUUGCCUUGGAAGGAAUAGUGGUGCAACGUGCUGAAUGCAGACCUGCAGCUAGUGAAAAUUAUAUGAAACUCAAAAGAUUACAGAUAGAAGAAUCUUCUAAACCUGUAAGGUUAUCACAGCAGCUGGAGAAAGCUGUAACCACGAAUUAUAAACCAGUGGCUAAUCAUCAAUAUAAUAUUGAAUAUGAGAAGAAGAAGAAAGAAGAUGGAAAACGAGCUCGAGCUGAUAAACAGCAAGUGUUGGACAUGCUUUUUUCAGCCUUUGAGAAACAUCAGUAUUACAACAUUAAAGACCUGGUGGACAUAACCAAACAGCCUGUGAUAUACCUGAAAGAAAUUUUGAGAGAAAUAGGCAUCUACAAUGUGAAGGGGACCCACAAAAACACAUGGGAGCUGAAGCCAGAAUACAGACAUUACCAAGGAGAAGAAAAGAGUGAUUAACAAAAUCAUUUAUGAAGUAAGAGAGAUUGCACUGAGGGAACUGUGGUGUUUACAGACAGGACGGAGCACAGUGCAAUUCUGCGAGGAUAAAUUAAAGCAGCUGGUACUUYGUAAUUUUCUGUAGCUUUUUUCCCCAAGGAAUAUUUCUUGUAUGUUUCUAUAUAUGCUUUGUCUUUUAACAGGAAAAGUUUAUAGAAUAAACUUGUACUAGAUUUAGCUUAUUAGAAAUCUUUUGAGUUCUCUUUUUUUCUUGUAGCUUUGUGGCUUUUCCAAGCUUUGAUAACUUUGACAUAAAAUGUGUCUUAGAGGAACCCAUAACUUUUGUGGUUUUGCAUUCCAGUAUAACCAGGUUAAUACCCUCAGUUCUGGGAUCUCUCAGGGCUUCAUCUGGAAGCCUGCAAAGGUGCACCCUUUGUGCAGUGUUUGAGUGGAAUGGACAUGAUGCUCCUCUUGGGAUCAGGCUAUAAGGAAAACAGCCACAACCAUGGUGCUCAUCACAAUUCUUAGACCCUCUGGGAACAAACCAAUGCAGUUAAAAACCCCUAAAGUCAGUGGGAAGAUGUCAGUCCCCUCCAUGUAAUUAUUGAGAAGAAAAUGAAAUGUCUGUUAGGUACAGCAAAAAAUAGUUUUGUUUUGUUUUUAUGCUGAUACCUAUGUUUUGUUAAGCAUAACAAUAAAAACAUUAUUUUAAUUUGUA